AUGGCGGUGUGUGUCGAAAAUUUUAGCUCCUUUGAAAAUUCUUUAGAUUCAACUUCGGAGCUUCUUAGUGGCAUUGUAGAUUCGAAUCCUGAUCACACAAACAACAUAGGCUUCUUAGAGGUUUCACAGAGGGGAAGCUUGAAAUUGAAAGGCACAUUUGAAGGUCUAAAAGACUUCGUUGAAUCAAAUCAAAUAUCGACAGCGAAAUGGACCUCGCCUGGUGGUGGAACUAAGUUAUGUGAAACUGAGAAUUUGGCUAUACGAUGGUACUCUACAACGGGAUCGAUAACUUUAAAAGGGGAAAGAGCUAGUGAUGCAAAGAAUAAACUUAUAUCAAUCGCCGAAAAUGAGAAGGAAGCAAGUCAAAAGUCGAGUCAACGUGCAAUUACUCACAAUUUGCAUGCAUCUUCGAUCGAUCUUACAACACCCCCUCCCAUGGGACGAACCGAGGAUAGCGUUCAUUCAAGCGGUCAAUCAAUAAUUCGCCGUUUGACGAGUUCAAAGUUACCAUGGAGAGUUUUAUUAUUUCAACCUCUACCAAAUUUGACGCGUUAACAUCAGAAAUUGCGAACCUCAAAUAACUAAUACCGUCCGACCAAUGUAUUGCAUCUCUUCAGGCUGAAAUCGUUAACCUGAAGACCGAGAACAACGAUCUUCGCGAAAGAAAUACGAACAUAUCUUAUAUCAUGUCCGAUUUACGCACGAAAAUUAAGGACGUUGAAAAUGAAAAAAGAAGUCUUAUUACUGCUCUUAAACUGUUACAAGCUGAUUCUAACUCUGACUUGGAAAAGCGUUGCCAAGAUGAAUCUGGAUUAGGCGACGAAACCAUCCAAGCAAACCCGCCAUCUUCUGAUCAACCACCCAACCAGCCAGCCAAUAAAGAGAAGCGCCGUAAAAAGAGGAAGAGUAAGAAAUCUAAACCAAAUGUGCCAGAUUUAACUGCUGAUCAUUCUACGGACGUGGCUGCUGCUCCCUCUGAGAUUGCUGUUUCUGCCACAUCUGAGACCGCCACUUCUGCCACCUCUGAGGCCACCGUUGGUCCAGAUAGACCAGACUCGAUGAGACAUCGCAAGAAAACUGUUGUCAUCGCGGGUGAUUCUAUUGUUAAGAAUAUUGUUGGUACAAAAAUGAGUGGUAAUGAUUCUAAGCAUUAUUUCAUCGUGAAACCAUUCCCAGAGUUAUCGCUUACUCAAUUGUUAAUCUUGUUACUCAAGCGAAAGAGGACUCGCCAAACACAACAAUUGGUGUUUCUGCUAUUGUGGUAAGAAAUGAUAAUGACGAUCUUGCUUUCAAAGCAUUGCAAGCUAAUAUUAUACUUAAGGAGCAUUGUCUACGUAAUGAGAUACCCUUUUUAAAUAAUUCAAACAUCAAUGCAAAGCACUUGAACUAUGAAGGACUUCACCUGAACAAAGAAGGAACUUCGUGUAGUGUUUAAGACUCAAUAAAACGAGAUAAACGCGUGUUAUAGUGUUUGUGAACUAUAUAUUGAAUACUGAUUAGUUAUUCUUAUUUGGAUUAGUUAUUAGCAUAUUAAUUAGCUAUAUUACAUCCCUCCCCACAUUAGUAUAGGUUCUCUGUUCUUCACGUUAUAUGUUAUUCAAAAUGUCUCCUCUGCCCGAAACGACAAUAGGAAUUUAAACUGAAACAAAUUUCAACUGUUAACAUGCAAUAUGUGUCUAUAGUCAUUGAUAGUUCAAUGUUCAAAAUCCAAGUCUAUUUGGUUGUCUUCUUUCUCGCUGGGAUCUUCGUAAAUGAACAGGUUCUUGAUUCAGUUGGUCUUCGUUGGUUCGGUCGCAAUCAAAAUCGUCAUCAUCAUCUUCGUCAUCUGAACUAUCCGUUACACGAUUAUCGAUCUUUUUGAAGAAGGAUAUGUUGCGUGUUAUCUUCUUCGAACCACGUUUGACGGUAACCAUAGUUCCUUUCCGAGCUUCAACAGUGAAUGGUUUGGGGUUAAAUGGUGGGGUAAGCUUGUUCUUCUUUGGUUGACGGAUCAGGACUGUGUCUCCUAUCUUCAGAUCAGUUGUUCUCGAGUGUUGUCGAUGAUCUGAGUAUUUCUUCAUCUUUUCUUUCUUUUCUUGAUCUCGUUUUCGCAUUGGAUCUUGGGUUUCUUGUUGCUGAGUUUUUGGAAUACUCGGAAGUGGUAUCUUCAACUUUCGAUUGUUCAGGGCCUCGGAUGGUGACACAUUCGUCGUGCUGUGCGGUGUGGCUCUGUACUGGCGGAGAAAUUGAUACAAGGCUUGUUUCCAGUUCUUCUUUUCGAUGUGUGCUGUACGUAUGGCUUUUUCAAUGGUGCGCAUAAACCGUUCCACUUCUCCAUUCGCCUUUGGCCAAUACGGAGUGACUUUGCGAUGUUCGAAACCAAGGUAACUGGCAAAUUGUUCAAAUUCCGAGCUGUUAAAUGGCCAUUAUCACUUUUAAGAACAACAGGAACACCUUGGCGGGAAAAUAUGUUAUCCAGCUUUGGGAUGACAGCUUUUGCGCUCGUAGUGGUGACAAUUUCUACUUCGGGGAAUCGGCUAAAUUCGUCGAUGACAACGAGUAGCAGCUCACCUGAUGGGAACGGACCAACAAAGUCGACAGCAACAUCUUGCCAUGGUGCGUCGGGCAGCGGUGUCAUGAUCAAGGGUUCUGGAUGUCGAUGGGUACCUGUGGUUGCUGCUUGGCACGGCAGGCACGUCUUGACUUUCUGUUCCACCAUCUUAUCUAUGGAGGGGAACCAGACCUUUUCACGAAGUAGCAUUUUCGUUUUGACUAUGCCUUGGUGGCCUACGUGUGCAAGAUCUAUGGCUUGGCUCUGCAGUGAAUGAGGUAGCACCAGGCGGUGGUUUCUGACGAUUAAUCCAUUGCAGACAGACAGUUCGUCCUUUACGUUAACGAACGGUUUCACUUCAGGAUCGAGCCAUCGGUUGUGUGUGAUUGCUUCAGAAAGCUUGCAAAGGACUGGGUCGUUAGCAGUUUCUUUCUUCACUUCGUCGAGUUUCAUAGCUUUGGGGAUGAGGUUGAUGCACAAAUAGUUGAUAUAGGCUUCGGUGGUGUUGUCGGUGGGCGAAGAAACAACAGGGUUGGGGUGACGGCUGAGAAAGUCGGCAGGGUUUUCUGCAUCUUUCCCUGGUUUGUAAACAACUUCGCAAUCAUAGGGCAUCAGUCUUAGUUUCCAGCGGUCAAUUCUCGCUGAAGUCGGUUUCUGACUUUUGAAGAUUCCGAGUAGCGGCUUGUGGUCGGUGAUGACAAUAAACUUAGCGCCAUACAGGUAAAGAUGAUAGUGUUCGAUAGCCCAUAUAACGGCUAACAUCUCGCGUUCAGUUUGUGAAUAGCGGGAUUCUACACUGGAAAGUGCACGACUUGCAUAACUGAUAACUCUAGCUGCCUUCUUGAGUAAGCAGUGCUCCUAAACCCGAGGGGCUGGCAUCCACAAUGACGGUGGUUGGUUUCGAAGGGUCGAAGUAAGCCAUAACAGGAUCAUUCGUAAGCUCGUGUUGAAGUUUUUUCAGAGCAUUCUCUUGUUCCGCUUGCCAUUGCCAUUUGGCGUUCUGGUGGGUCAGGGUACGCAAGGGUGUUGUGAUGGAGGCAUAGUUGGGAAUAAACCGAGAUACGUACUGGGUCAUUCCGAGAAGGGACUUGACUUCGCUGACAUUUCUUGGAGGUUGCAUAUUCCGGAUUAUGUCGAUCUUCUUUGGGUCUGCCUGAACUCCACUUGCGCUGAAUGUGUGCCCAAAGAAUACUACUUGGUGCUGACGGAAGGAACAUUUCUCACGGUUUAAUUUGGCGUUGUUGUCUUGUAAGCGGUUUAACACGCCUCGUAAGUUCUCAUCAUGUUCUUUGUCAUCUCGACCAUAGACGAUGAUGUCGUCCGAAAUAUUCUUACAACCAGGUAAUCCAACCAGUAGGUUUGCAAUUGCAUUCUGAAAUAUCUCCGAGGCUGCGUUAAUGCCGAACAUUAGUCGCUUGUAACGUCGAAGUCCAACGUGAGUGGUAAAGGUUGUGAUAUGGCGGGAUUCAGGGUGUAACUCCAGUUGGUGGUAACCUGAGGCAAGAUCUAGGGUGCUAAACACUGUGGCACCAUUGAGGUCUGUGAUUAACUCGUCGACAGUUGGCAUGGGGUGUUUCUCUCUUUGCACUGCUUUAUUCGCUUCACGCAUGUCCACACAUAAUCGGAUCUCUCCAGUUUUCUUGGGUACCACAACGAUUGGGCUGACCCAUGGUGUCGGACCAUCAACUUGCUCAAUGAUAUCAAGGUCUUCUAAACGCUGGAGUUCCUUUUCAACGUCCUUUCGGAUGUGGAAUGGAAUGCGACGAUGUUUUUGCUGUUUGGGUGUAACAUCGGUGUCGAUAUGUAACUGGACUUGGGUGUUCUUUAUCUUCCCAAUACCACCGAACAAAUUCGGGAACUCAUCUUCAAUGCGAGCGUUGUAAGAGCUAACUGCUGUGUUAAUGGUUAUCUUUAAAAUUCCUAACUGUUCGGCUGUUUGGCAACCUAAGAGAUUUCCACCGGUUCCCUUGGCAACAUAGAAAUUGGCAUCCAAAGUUGUGGACUGGAACUGAAUUGUAGCCAUGACCAUUCCAAGAAUGGGUAUCUGGACACUUGUACCGUAGGGGAAGAUGUUGGACUCAGGCUGCUUGAGAGGUAGGGUGUUACUUUGGUUGAGCUGCUUGUAUGUGGACUCGUCGAUGAUGUUUACCGAAGCUCCAGAAUCAAUAAUGACAUCAAUAAGGUGCUCUUUAACCAACACUUGGCAUUUGGGGGGUUGGGUUUUGCUGUUCGAAUUGUUUUUCAAAGUGAAAAUGUAAUCAGGGUCGACAUCAUGAGGGCUAGUGCUCGGUUGUUCAGAAAGGUUGUUGACUCUGUUCCGGUGUUCGUGAGGUUUGUGUUUAGGGGUCGAUCGGCAUACCUUUGCAAAAUGGCCAGUUUUUUUACAGGAAUGGCAUUCUUUUCCUUUGGCUGGACAAUCUCGGGCAUGGGGGUAGAUACCACCACAGUUGCGGCAAGUUGAUGUGUGGGGUUUGUUGGAAUUUCUUUGAUAAUUUGAGCCGUGACGUUGAUUUUGUGGUUUUCUCAUGUCGCGAGGCGAGGGGUUAUGUUUCUCGAGAGCGCCCGUCUUAAUGGCGUUGAUAUUUUGACUUGACUCUUGUUUCUCCACGAAUUGCGCUUGUAUUUGACUCGUUUCUUCGGCUCUCCCCGCGUCUAAAAGGUUCUUUAAGGUCGGGUCUUCACGUAGAGCCUUUCUUCGAAGUUUCUGUGAUGAGCAACCAACGAUUAUUUGGUUCUUUAUCUCUUUAUCGACAUCUGUAAACGAGCAAUUUUGCGAUAGCUGACGUAAACGUGUAUGAAAGGCAUCUAGGGUUUCGCUUUGGUUUUGCUUCGCUUGGCGGAAAUUAUAUUCUUCAAACGCCGUGUUUACGUGCGGAAUAAAAUAGGCAUUGAGUGCUUCUAUCGCUUUGUCGUAGUCUUUCGCUUCGCCAGUGUCUGAAAGGGUGUAAAAAAUUUCGUCAACAGCCGGUCCUGCGAAAUGUAAUAGCAUCGCACGUUGUUGUUUUUUGUCGGUAAUAUUCAUCGCCACAAGCAACCGUUCAAAGCGGCCUAGCCAUUUUUUCCAGCGAUGACCGGUAUUUCCAUCGGCAUGGACAUCGAAUGGCGGGAAUGUCGGCAAGGAGAAACUAGUAGCUGCCAUGGAUAGAUGUAGAAAACGGCGAACGACUUUAUACGAAAAAUAUAUCGAAAUAUAUUGUUGUUGUGAAAAUGGCGCGAAAUGGCUUCCUCGUGGUCACACGAAAUCUUGUUUUUAUACGAAUUUGCGCUUUGAAAUUC